AUGGGUAGCCACGAGGCAUUGAGCGUUGAUCCAUUUAAACGAUUGGUCAAACUUGCGGGAAGGGCAUUUUAUGACGAUAUAACUACAAAAGGUGAUAAACAGCCCAAGACUGGAAGAAGUGACAAUAGAGGAAUUGCAGUCGUUGUUCUUGAUGCUCUCACUAGACGUCAGUGGGUAAGAGAAGAAGAUUUGGCUAAGGACUUGAAGCUACACUCAAAGCAACUUCGUCGCACUUUGAGAUUCUUUGAAGAAGAAAAACUGGUCACUAGGGAUCACAGGAAGGAGACUGCAAAAGGUGCUAAAAUAUACAGUGCUGCUGUAGCUGCCACGGGAGAUGGUCAACCAGGUGGAAGAGAAGGAGAUGAAAAACUUAAGUUGCAUACUCAUUCAUAUUGUUGCCUAGAUUAUGCACAGAUAUAUGAUGUGGUAAGGUACAGAUUACACCGCAUGAAGAAAAAGCUAAAGGAUGAACUAGAAAGCAAGAACACCGUUCAGGAGUACAUAUGCCCCAAUUGCAGUAAAAGAUACACUGCGCUGGAUGCGCUCCGGUUGAUUUCCCCGCACGAUGAAUACUUCCACUGUGAGAGUUGCGAUGGGGUACUUGUGGCUGAAGCUGACAAACUAGCUGCCCAAGAACUGGGAGAUGGAGAUGACAAUGCUAGGAGACGGCGCCAUGAAAAGUUGAAGGAUAUGCUACAAACAAUGGAGGAACAACUGAAACCAUUGAUGGAUCAACUUGGAAGAGUGAAGGACUUGACUGUACCUGAAUUUGGAAGCCUUCAAGCUUGGGAACUUCAGAAUGCUGCUGGUCGAGCAGCAAAUGGAGACCAUGAGAAUGAUCCUUCUCAAUCUUCACAGGGGUUUGGAUUUGGUGGAACACCUAUGCCCUAUAUUGGAGAGACAAAGGUUGAAGUUGCUUUCUCCGGUAUUGAUGGAAAAGGAGAUAACAUUAAAUCGGAGAAUGGAAAUACACCUAUGAAAGUUUUGCCUCCUUGGAUGAUAAGGAAAGGAAUGAAACUUACAGAUGAGCAGCGUGGAGAGACCCAGCAAGAGGCAAAGAUGGCUGGUGGUUCAACAGCUGUAGAAUCAUCCGAUGAUAAAAAGCCUACAGAUGAAAAGGAUGAUGUGAAGAAUAUACAGGAUGAAUAUGUUAAAGCUUAUUAUGCUGCUUUACUUAUGCGGCAACAUGAACAAGAAGCACAUGAUGACAACCAACAACAAAUGUCGAAUGCAACCACCUCUAAUGGGGUUGCCAUCCUCAAUGAGCGCGAAGUGGGAAUGAAGUCGAAGCGCGGGGACGAGUAUGACGGAGAUGAUGUUGAAUGGGAUGAGGAACCUCCUGCAGGUAACAUGGCCAAAAAUUUCAAAGUUCACGACUUAAAUGUAGAAGCAGAAGCUUCAGACGGGGAUGAGGACGAGGAUGACAUUGACUGGGAGGAGGGUUGA